AUGGAAGAUGUAAAGGUCAAGGACACCGUCAUGGUAUAUGGCUACAAGGCCACAAUAGAACACAUACAAGAGGUUCAAACGGGAGAGGCUUCCCCUGAAAAGAGAAAAAUUUACGCAGCCAAAUUUAGCAGUAGGGAUGGGUACUCAGAUGGUGUGUAUAGGAACGAACGGGUGUUCACUCCGGAAGAUGGAGCCCUGGUCGUUUUCUGUUUGCGCGAUUCGAUUAGACCUUUCAAUGAAACGGAAAGUGCAUGCAUAAGAAUCCAAAGGGUGUUCAGAGGACACAGAGCCAGGAAGGAAUUCCACACGUUGGUCUCCUCCCUGGUGUGGAGAAAAUUUGAACACCUGCACGAAAACAUGACCCUUCACAAUCAUGACGAAAUUUAUAAGCCCCUCAUCAAAGUAAUAAAUGAAGACAUAAAGAAUGGUAAAAUUCAAUUCACCUCGAAAUGCUUUUCUAGUAAUUCGAAUCAGUUCUCUCGGAUCUCCACGACGUCGUACGAGUCCAACACGUACGAUGAAAAUGUUCCGAAGCUGAAGGGCAAAAUAGACAAAGCCUUCGCAAUGGAGAUUUUUCAUUUUUUUUUAACAACCAAAAAUUACGUCCUGCCAAACAACCUGGUGUGCAAGAUACUCACAAAGACGCAAAAGAUGCUCGAGGAGAAUAUAAAGAGCUCUGUGAUACAAGUAGAUAUGACAAAAAAGUCUAAGGACACCAAACUGAUCAUCCUGGGAGACGUGCACGGCCAGCUGAACGACGUCCUUUGGCUAUUCAACCGAUUUGGCUUACCCUCCUCAAACAACAUUUACAUCUUCAACGGAGACAUCGCUGAUCGGGGGGAAAACGCCACGGAGAUCUUCCUCCUCCUGUUCGCCUUCAAGUUGAGCAGUUACGACAGCGUCAUAAUUAACAGGGGGAACCACGAGUGCUCCUACAUGAACGAGGUGUAUGGCUUUUACAAUGAAGUCCUCUCCAAGUACGACAGUGGCGUGUUCGAUCUGUUCCAGGGGGUGUUCGAAUUACUUGGCUUGGCCGUGAACAUUCAGAACCAAAUAUUCGUGGUGCACGGCGGGCUGAGCAGGUACCAAGAUUUGACCGUUCAGGAGAUAGAUGAGUUGGACAGAAAGAAGCAUGAAAUUUUGCAUCCGGAAAAAUAUGAGGACACCAUCAUCUUCGAUUUACUCUGGUCUGAUCCACAAAAAAAAAAUGGAAUUGGAGGAAACGCACGAGGGAACAACUGUAUCACCUUCGGCCCAGACAUCACUGACAUGUUUUUGAAGAAAAAUAAAUUUGACAUUUUAAUUCGCUCUCAUCAAGUGCCUAAAACUUUGAAGGGCAUUGAGAGUCAUCACGAGGGCAAGUGCAUUACGUUGUUUUCCGCGUCGAAUUAUUGCAAUAAAAUUAAGAAUCUCGGGGCAGCCAUCGUGUUUAACCAAGACCUAACCUUCGAGGUGCAGGAGUACAUGUCCCCCUCGCUGGAAGUCAUUCGAGAGACCUUCGAGGAGAACCAGAAGCUCCGCGAGAAGGUUCUCAACUCGUCAAAGAUAUUAGACCUGGAGAAAAAUUUCGAUCACUUCGUCCGCUUCCUCCAAUUUAUCCUCAUCUCCGCCUUCCUCUUCUUCAAGAAAGGGUCCGAAUUGGUUGACGCGAAGGAUCUGUUGAGUGCAGGGAUCGCCGACAAAUCCGUCAUACAAAACAUUGAGGCCAAGCUCGGGGGCAGCCCCUGGAAUGUUCAGAGAUUGAUAGAUCUGGGCAUAAAUACAAUUCAAAGUGCGCACGCGGAUGAGGAAGAGGAAGAUAAUGGAGACGAGAACGAGCACGAACUGGAGCAGAGGCAAGACAGCAGCGAUGACUUCAUUUCCGACUUAGGGAGUGCGCGCGUGUUGAGGCGCCAAUUGAGGCCUCCCGUCGAUGAGGACAGUUACGUGGGGGGCGGCGACCAGAGUGGUGCCCACCCGGGUGAUGGCUCCUCAGACGACUCACACGAUUUCACCGCUAAUCGCACCCCUAAUCAUACCGCUAAUCACACCACUAAUCACGCCCCUAAUCGUAUCGCUAAGUGUAAUGCAAAUGAGAAUUCGAAGCACGACGCUCACCACAAUGGAAGCCGAAGAGCCGAGCGUCGCGCCCGCCAGGGGCAGACUCCCAUGAAAGAGGCAGAGUUCCUUCACACAAAUAUACAAUUGAAGAGGAGCUGCGCCUGCAUCGCGGAACAAGUGAAGAGGGAGGCACAAGAGACCUGCAUUAACCUGCACCCGGUGGUUAAAGAGUUCGUUUGCUUGUUGGUGUUUUUGUUUGCCCGCAUAAGGGACGACGGCAGUGACAGGAUGUGCAACCGAGUUGGCGGCGGGCGCACGGGACCCCCCGCAGAAUACUACGAGAUCGAGGAGUGCGAGGAGGAGGAGGACCCACCCACAAAUGCAUACGCAGGAAAAAGGAGAAAUAUAAAAAAAAAAAUAAAGUACCUGAAGGGGUCUGGCCAAAAAGGCCCCUCCAUGUGUAAAAAUAUAUGUUGGAAGGAACAACAGGGGGGGGAAGACCCUUCCUCGAAUUAUAACCCUACCAGUGGGGGGAGUGAAGGGAGUGCAGGCAGUGAAGGGGGUGAAGGCAGUGUAGAGGGUGAAGGCAGUGUAGAGGGUGCACAGAGUGAAGACGGAGAGAGAAAUUUUCCCGUACGUGGGUACUCAAAUGAAGAGAAUCGUUUUGGUGUACCCUACAAAAAUAAUCGACCCGCUCGCAAAGGUCAUAAUAAAUGCAACAGGAGUUGUUACCAUGCAAAAGACAUGAAGUCCGUCCUAUUCACUCGGAAGGAAGAGCAGCAGCAGCAGCAGCAGGAUGAGGAAGAGAAGAAUGAAUACGACAUGGACGACGUCGAACAAGCCUUGGCAAAAGAAAAUGUGAAGAGAGUGUGCGAGAAAUUUUAUAAACACAUGCACAAAGUUAGUCAAAUGAAAAAUGAUCAAGUGAUAAAAAAAAACCUUCAUCUCAUCACGUCCCUUCUUUAUUUAACAUAUACACAUCUGGGGUUGUCUCUGCUGAGGUCGAAACAGGUCUUCUUACAAUUGUGUCAUGUGAAGAAACAGUUUCACGAAUAUAAAAAAAAAAAUACAGAAUUAAACAAAGAGAUGGAAAAAAAAGUACAAAUGUACAUGCAGGAAAUAAAAAUGAGUGAGCAGUGUACAGAAGAGUACGAAAGACUUAAGGCUUGCUAUGGGGAUGUGAAGAGGGAAAAGGAGAAGCUAAAAAGGUAUGAAUGUAUUAUGCAUAGGUUGAGGACGAAGGUGCAUUUGCUCGAGGCGGACAAAGUUUUACUUGCGAAAAGGAAAGAGGAACUGGAGGUGGUGGUCAGGCGGAAAGGAGCCUACUUGGCUGGCGGUAGGCAUGGCCAUGGGGUGACGCAGGAGAAGCAUACCACGGCAAGCACAACCAAGUUGAUACCAAAGAUCCCCCGCGACACGUCCAGUGGGACGCAGGGUGGUGUCCAUAGUGACAGGGGUGAAGGAGGCCCCCUUCCACAUGCAACACGCGCAUCGGAGAGGGACAACCCUGGUGAGGAAGAACAGGCAAUGAACCGCAUGGUAUGCACCCCCCAACCUGAUGAGGACUCCGUGGACAAACUAAUGGUCCUUCCCAAGUCCUCACCAACAAAAGAAAGUGAAAUGAAAAAAGCAGCACGCCAUAUGGUAAGUACAUCCGUGCAGACAAUGGAACAAAUAUAUGUGGAAGGACGACAGGAAAAAAGUUCGUAUGACAUACGAUGCAAAGUGAAGGAAGAAAAGGAGGAGCGCAAUGCAGGGGGGAUGCUCCACCUGGGGGGUAAUCCUCUCCCUUGUGAGGAAAUGAAAAAUGUGGUGGGAUGUGUCGGAGGGGAGAACGAAACAAGCAAGGGGGGGGAAACUUUGAAAAAGGGAAUGCUGCCCAGUGACAGAAGGGAUACCAAACGAAAAGACGCUUCACCAGUCCUGCGGGAUAUACAUAGGACGUGUGGAAGGAUGGCACUAGUCCAUGUGGAGUCCACUCUUCAAUUACUCUCUCUCCCCCUCUUGUGCAUGAAACACGGGGGAGGCAGGGAGGAGGCCAUGUUGGGAAGCUUCUAUUUUGGUCAGGCUGUCCAGUGUGAAAAAUUUUUUAAAAAAAGGUACCUCCAUGUAGAAGUGGAAGCGACACGGAAGGCGGGAUUCUUCAACCGAGUUGUCAUCCCACUAUGGAAACAAAUAAUAAUUGAAAAUUUGUUUAACCACAUGGAGGGAACGCAUCUCCUCAGUGGUGAUGCACCUGCUGUCCAUAUGCGACUCGUUCACAAAUUGGCACAUACUUUUUCACUCUUUAUUGUAUGUGAUGAAUUUGUAAACGAAAUGGGCGGUGUAAAUGUGAAGUGCGUUGGUAGUUCUGUACUCCGUUCACUUGUACAUUGCCUGUACCGACUGUCCUCCACGACAAGACUCAUUUUAUGUGACCUCAUUUCGCGACAGGAGCGCAUCGCACAUGAAUGGGAAGACUUCAUCUCCUCGUUCUGUGUGCAUUUCUUUAGAAGGGAAAAUGAGUUGUGUGUAAUGCGCCAUGAUGAUGUGUGUGGAGAGGGGGCGGACUCCAGUGCUGCUUUUUUAUUCGUGGAAGGGGGGAGUGAAGAGCGAGUCGGUGGGCUCCUCCGCGAUGCUUACCUCUGCGACAGUUACGUCCGCCAUGGUGACCUCUUUACGGGGCACCCCCUCGACGACGAAACAUGUUACACUAAUGGAAGCAUCACAACAUGUAAUGCAUCACAUGGAUUAUCCCACGAUGGGUGCAUUGCCAUGGAACAGGAUGGGUGCAUUGCCAUGGAACAGGAUGGUUGCAUUGCCAUGGAACAGGAUGGUUGCAUUGCCGUGGAACAGGAUGGGUGCAUUGCCGUGGAACAGGAUGGUUGCAUUGCCGUGGAACAGGAUGGACAAGAAGGACUCACAAAAUUUUACGUGGACACAAAGACACACUUGAUUUACGUCACUGGGGACGGCACACUUGUGGCAGACCAGCCGACGGGGCACUCGCCAAAUGAACUUAAAGAAUGGGCAGCCACCCGGAUGAGAAGCAUUGACCAAGGGGGUGAAUAUAACACAAGUCUGUCUUCACCCCAACGGAGCAACCAUCCUAGUAGAAUAUUUCCUCCCCUGAUGUGGCGACCUCCUUUAGGGAUGAAGAGAAAAGGAAACGGAAAGGUAGGAGGCGCAACGAGGAGGGGUUUUAUUAACCAAGGGGAGUGGAGACAAUUGUCUAGCGUUGGCAAGACCGGAGGGAUGAUCCCUUGGGGGGUGAAGAAACGGUUCUGCCAAUUCAAUAGAAGGGGGAAGUUUACGCAUGUGAGUGAUCUUGUGGAAAAGGGGCGUCGUUAUGGGGUCAAGGAGGGAACAAAGAAAUUUUUAUUCGUGGCGUGGAGGAGGAGAGUAGAAAUGUGCCACCGGGUUAUGAAGGGAACACCAAAGGAGGAAAAAGUUUACCUGAACAAGUGGAGCAAUGGGAACAGGUCCUGCGAUUGGAUACAACAGAACAGAAUGUGGAUCGGGGUAGUCUCCUUGUUAGUAAUUUUAAUUAUGGUAGUUGACACGUACCUCUUGAACAGAUCGAUCGUUCUGUGCCUCAUGUACUGUGUCUGCUUAGCUGUACUCCUAGCAGUUUCCCUCAUGAAGAAGUUAAUUCAUAUGGUGGUGCGCGUCCCAUUUGGUGAGAAGAUAUUAUCGCAGGACUGGUUGGAUCUCCUUUGUGUUUAUUUCAUUCGCAUGGUGAAUCAUUUUCACCGCGGGUGGUGUGAGAGUGGCGAAGGAGUCAUGCCACCGUCGUAG